AUGCCCCAGAAGCGGCGGAGCCCCCAGAAGACUGAGGUGGGGGCGCCUGGAGCAGGGCUGAAGCCGCAGAAAUUGGGCCAUUUUGGAAGACUGAAAGUCAGGAUGGGGUGUGUGAAGUCCAGGUUUAACCAGGAUGGCAGAAAGUUCUUCAAGAAAGAUUCUCCAACAAAUACCCCAGGCCCCGUGUAUGUGCCAGAUCCAACAUCCUCUGGGAAAAGGGCAGUCAAUGGUGCCAACCAAUCCAUCUCCUCUGAUGCCUCUGAGAAUGUGGACAUUACAGUUGUGGCCCUAUAUGACUAUGAGGCCAUUCACGAUGAGGACCUCAGCUUCCGGAAGGGUGACCAGAUGGCAAUCCUAGAAAAAUCUGGAGAGUGGUGGAAAGCUCGCUCCCUUGCUACGAGGAAGGAGGGCUAUAUUCCAAGUAACUAUGUAGCCCAGGUCAACUCACUGGAGACAGAAGAAUGGUUCUUCAAAGACAUUAGCCGUAAGGAUGCAGAACGACACCUGUUGGCACCUGGGAACGUAGUAGGCUCCUUCAUGAUUCGGGACAGUGAAACCACCAAAGGCAGUUAUUCUUUAUCAAUACGGGACUAUGAUCCCCAGCACCAGGAUGCAGUAAAACAUUAUAAGAUCCGGACCCUGGACAAUGGUGGUUUCUAUAUCUCCCCACGGAGUACUUUCAGCACUCUGCAGGAUCUGGUGGCCCACUACAAGAAAGGAAGUGAUGGCUUAUGCCAGAAGCUUACAGUGGCCUGUGUGGUCCCCAAGCCCCAAAAACCCUGGGAGAAGGAUGCCUGGGAGAUCCCAAGGGAAUCUCUGAAAUUUGAGAAGAAACUGGGAGCUGGACAGUUUGGAGAAGUCUGGAUGGCUACCUACAACAAGCACACCAAGGUGGCUGUGAAGACCAUGAAGCCAGGGAGCAUGUCUGUUGAAGCCUUCUUGGCCGAAGCCAACCUGAUGAAGACCCUGCAGCACGACAAGCUUGUGAAACUGCAUGCAGUGGUCACCAAGGAAGAGCCCAUCUACAUCAUCACUGAAUUCAUGGCAAAAGGAAGCUUGCUGGACUUUCUGAAAACUGAUGAAGGCCGAAGACAGCCUCUGCCAAAACUCAUCGAUUUCUCAGCUCAGAUCGCCGAGGGAAUGGCCUUCAUUGAGCUGAGGAACUAUAUCCACCGAGAUCUAAGAGCAGCCAACAUCCUUGUCUCCUCAGCCCUGGUGUGUAAGAUUGCUGAUUUUGGCCUGGCACGGCUCAUCGAAGACAACCUAUACAAUGCUCGAGAGGGAGCCAAGUUUCCCAUCAAGUGGACAGCUCCAGAAGCCAUCAACUUUGGCUCCUUUACCAUCAAGUCAGAUGUGUGGUCCUUUGGCAUCCUCCUGAUGGAGAUUGUCACUUAUGGCCGGAUCCCCUACCCAGGAAUGUCUAACCCUGAAGUGAUCCGUUCCCUGGAUCAUGGAUACCGGAUGCCUCGAACAGACAACUGCCCAGAAGAGCUAUACAGCAUCAUGACCCGCUGCUGGAUGAAUAAACCUGAGGAUCGGCCUACGUUUGAGUAUCUCCAGAGUGUGCUAGAGGACUUUUACACUGCCACUGAGAGCCAGUACCAAAAACAACCAUGAGGAGGAGCAUCCCAAGCACUGUGACCAAUUCUUGGGUCAUACUAUCAUGUAGAUUUCAGGCACACCACCAACUGACUGUAUUCAACUUCCUAAAUCCCAACCUCACUCAAGAUCCAUCUCUCAGACUGGGAGUCCUGUGUUCUAGUUCUGAUUUAAAGCGAAGAGGAUGAAUUAGAUGUUCUCUGAGGUCCCUUCCAGCUCUAAUAUUCUAUGUUCUAAGGUUACUUCUAGUUAUAAGAUCCUAUGUUCUAUGUUUUAAGGCCCCUGUCAGUUAUAACAUUCUACAAUCUAAAAGCCCUUUGGGCUCUGGUAUUCUUUAACUCUGAUUCCUAGAAAGACUGUUGGUCAAUAUUGCUUUUGGCAAUUGCCUGGGAUCAUUUUUUACUCAUCGCUUCCAGAGAGCUGACUCAAAUGGACAAAUAAAAGCACUAUGAAUGCCACGGAAUUUAUGGAUAGACACACUUUCCUCUUCUUCCAAUUCCCAAAGUCUUCUUAGCUCCUAAGAAGAACAACUCACUAAGCAAGAAAUUAGGGUGGAGACCUCCCAGAGACCAGACUUGCUGAAAGAAAGGGGACUGCAUUUUUUCUGUAACCCACCUUAUAAAGAGAGCUAGAAGUGGGGACCAUGUUAGAGGAAGCAGUGAGAGUUUGUCCAUGCUAUUGUCUCAAAAGAGCUGUGAGGGGGCAGCUGGGUAGCUCAGUGGAGUGAGAGUCAGGCCUAGACAGGAGGUCCUAGGUUCAA